GCUUUGCCGGCGCGUUAUCAAAAUUACCGUGCCCAAUGUCAAUGACCGUCAACGAAGGCGGCGGGUAUAUUAGCGGCCCCAGUUUCAGUGAAUAAUCUUCGAAGGUUGCUGCAUUGCUUCCCCAUUGCUUGGGACGCUGGUGGAGGUCUUCAGGAGGUCUGAGCACACCAUUGAGCAUCAUGGCAGAAGCCCUUCUGGCUACCUUGGAGCUGGGGGACCUUCCGAUCGUCUUUGUACAUGGUGACAAGAGUCUGCAAGAUGCUGGCAACAUUCUGCUGGCCAGCUUAGAGGUCUCCGAAAUCAAGAAAGUCACGCAUGGAGACUGUGAUGAAGUUGGUUCAUCUGGUGACCAGGAAGAGUCACUGCUGGCCCAGCUUGUGGGGCUUGACACAGAAUGGAGGCCAGAGCGGUUUAGAAAUGAGAGCAGGACGUCUAUUCUGCAGGUUGCUUUGAAAGACCAGGUCUUUCUCUUCGAUCUCAUCAGUCUCUGCAAGUCACAAUGUGCUUCCGACUUGGACAAUCUGUUGCGAACCCUCUUGACAUCGCCGCGCGCUAUCAAAGUUGGCACCGACUUCCGUGGGGAUCUGAUAAAGCUGCAGCAAAGUUACCCAAACUUGCGCUGCUUUGACGUUGUGGAACCAUACGUCGAGCUUCAGGCUUUCCAUUCUUCGCUGCACCCUCGCUUCAUGACCCCCAGCUUUCAGAGUCAGAUCGCUGAUGCCACGGGGUCAGAGAAGGCUCGGCUCCACAACCUGUGGCAGUCACACGAAGGCAAGAAAGGCCUCACCUGGCUGGUAGCGCAAUACCUGGGGAAACAACUAGACAAAACCGAGUGCAUGAGCGACUGGGCCGCUCGACCUCUGAGCAACUCACAGUUGUCUUACGCUGCUCUGGACGCGCACUCUCAAAUUGACUUGUAUAGCGCUAUGACAAAGCUGCUGCAAGAAGGGGACCUGCCACGUGGAGCCCGGCCGUUUGCCCUCACUAGCAAGAUGACGGUUGAGCUGGAUACGCCGCGCUUUGCUGAGUAUCCUGAGUCGGAGAAAGAGGGCGACCUUGACGACUCCCCACUCCCCGAGGAGGGCGCCGUCGUCAAAAUCAGCGGCUGCGUGGUUGACAUCCGCUUCGAGGACUGCUCGCGCACCGUUCCUCCCAACACCCCGCUCGAAGUCGAAAUCAACGGGCAGUCGAUCGAGCUCGAGACGACGGAGGAGCAAUUAUCCGCUGACGUCGUGCGAGCGGUUCCGGCCGGGGGCUUUUUGGGUCGCGUUACAACGACAGGGUUUGAGGAUUUAGAGGUCGGGGCGACCGUGCGGGUGCUUCCGAAGGUGACCCUUCCAGACUAUGACACGUGGGAGCACGCGAGCCCUCCACGUGGACAGAGGGACGGUGCCCAGAGCGCUGGGACUUCCGGACGUGUGGAAUCGCCCUUGCAGGAGGCGUCUGCAAGUUGGGUCUCCCCAAGUUCCGCAAGUUUGGAUUCCAGACAUGAUGCAAGUUUGGACUCAAGGGAAGCUGCAAGGCUGGACUUGAGACAAAAAGGCGGGACUGGAGAAAUCAUAUUUAGUGCCCCCCUCAGUGUUGUACACUCAAGGGGGCCUGCUCUUGCAACGGAUUACGGCCCGUUCGCCUCCAGCCCGGGCACUUCGUUCGAGCGGUACUCGGUUGAUGACUGUCCGUCAACCCCCGUCACUCCCCCAUCUCGGUCACUGGCCCCAGUCCCUCCCCACUGGCAGACUCAGACCCCAGACUUACGGGAUCACAUAUCCCGGUUACAAAGCCCGGUCUUUACUCCAGGGAAGAUGCAGCCGGCGAGGGGACGGAAGCGGAAUACCGAGGACUUUGUCAGCCCUCCCAGAUCGCACCCCUCCCCAGUCCCGUUCCAAGCGAGGCAUAUUGCUAGGCAACUCUUCUCUCCUGAGGCCCACGUGCUUACUGGGGCCCAAGAGCCAAACGUGUUGAUACCCCAGACUGGGGUUAAGCUUACGUAUCAGUCCCUCGUAGCUUCCCAGACUGAGUUACUCAGUCCAAAGUCGAUUGACGGGACCCAGCACUUGCAAACCCCUGCUCGCUUCGAGCAUCGAAAGAUGCAUCGAAACUCCAAGAGGAACGCUUAGCAUUGACUCCCGUUGCAGUAGGCUUGUGAGAAACGAAGACAUAGGGCCGACGGUGCGCUCUGCACUAAAACCAGCCCCGAUCUUAGUUGCUGUGACUUGAUACUAGGAUCACUUCGGCUCAGCAUAUGAUAGGAUUGCAAGACUGAUCCGACAUUCAGUUGCUUUCUAUGUUUAGAAUCAAAGUUCAUCAAAUGGUGGCGAUCUGCAAUCCAGGCACAGUAUAGG